AUGGAGGUAAAGAACGGGUUAAACGGCACUGGUUUCACAGUUAAAGGCGAUGAAGCCCCUCAGGCCUACAGAGUCGAGCCAAGUGUCGAAAAUCCAGGCGGCCAGUUUGGCGGAUCGACCGCUCCGCCUGCUACGACGGCACCGCCACCAAGCACAGCCGCGUCAACGGAUAUGAAGAAGAGAAGGGGUAGGCCAAGAAAGUACUCAGGAGAUAGUUCGGCUGUGGCACUGUCUCCCAUGCCUAUAUCUGCUUCCAUUCCCUUCACCGGAGAUUAUUCCUCAGCUUGGAAGCACAGUGCGAGCCGGCCAGUUGACACUUUCAAGAAAAAACCCAAGUUGGAGUCUGAAAGUUCAGGACAACCAGCGGCGUACCCUGUCAGUGGAAGUUUUAUACCUCAUAUGCUAACUGUAAACACUGGCGAGGAUAUCAUGAUGAAGAUAAUAUCAUUUUCUCAACAGGGGUCCAGAGCCAUUUGCGUUCUCGCUGCAAAUGGCACCAUCUCAAAUGUCACACUUCGACAACCCAAUUCUUCUGGUGGUACUUUAACCUAUGAGGGUCGUUUUGAGAUUCUUUCUCUAACAGGAUCAUUUAUGCCUAGUGACAAUGGGCUUACGAAAAGCAGAUCUGGCGGGAUGAGUGUCUCCCUAGCCGGGCCCGAUGGCCGCGUAAUGGGCGGAGGAUUAGCUGGCAUGCUAGUUGCUGCCGGCCCUGUUCAGAUUGUUAUUGGAAGUUUCCCUCUUCCGGGACAACAACAGCAAGAGCAGCAAAAACCUAAAAAACCGAAUUAUGAGCAUACAAUAUCAUUCAAUCCUGUUGACGCAAAUCCUAUUUCCGAGCAUAGAUAUGAGGCCUCAUCCUAUAAUGGUCCUAAACCAAAUCUGACUGCAUCAGCUUCGUUCAACUUGGCUAAUGUAAACUCUGCUCAUGGGCCCAAAAUCACAGACAAUCACGAACACAGUGCUAAAUUGCCCAGAGGAGAUUCUAGGGAGCCUAGCCAUGAAAUAACAUCCUGA